AUGAUUGAUUAAAAACUUAAAAUAUCGUAAAGAUGUUGCUAAACCCCGUGAGUUUUGUGGCAUUAGUUAUCUCAUUACCAGUUACAUUUUCACAACUGGUCGUAAAUGUUAAAAACAAAGGGGGCGAUGUAAUAAGAGAAGUUAUUUCGGGCAACACGACAUCCGAUGUAGUGGAGCUGCAAUUUCAGAAUACAGACGGCACACUCAUCAAUCAGUUCAUCGACUUCAAAUCGGAAGUGCAGAUUUUCCGUGCCUUUGUGCUGAGAGAGGAGGAACUUGGAUUCUCCAGAAAUAAACCCAUUACUUUAUGCUUUGUGUCCAGAUUUAACAAAAAUGAGUUCAUUUCUUCUGACGCGAUGUCAAAACUCCGGCAGAAAAAUCCGAGCACGAUUCGUAGCCCGGAGGAGGAGAAAGUUCCUGAGAUGCACAUCAUGGAUCUACGGAUGGACCUGAGAAAAACAAAUGUCCUCAGUCCAUACAUACACAAAGUCUGCCAGGAUGCCAAUCUGACCACCUACACCAAGGAAUCAGACAUCAGAAUGUGGUCACAAGCACUGGGUCAGGACUUUGAUUUACUGAUGUCCACCUCUAAGCAGACCCACCCUGGGAAGUUUGCUAACUGUAAGGACAUGGCUAACCUGACGUUGCCUUGUCUGUGUCACUAUCACAUCUGUGUCGGCUGGUAUCCGUGUGGACUGAAGUACUGCCGAGGAAAAGACUCCACGGGUCGAUACGUCAGUUAUCGCUGUGGGAUCAAGACCUGUCGUAGAUUUAUAUCCUAUGAUUUUGUGGCUGAGAAGAAAUAUAACUGCUUAUGGGAUGAUGUGUGAUAUAUAGAGGAUAUCUAUAUUGUGUGAUUUGAUAUUGGCUUUAUCCAACGAGUUGAAAUGGUGUAUAUAUUCGCGAGGCUUGCGAAUAUUCACCAUUUCAACGAGUUGGAUAAAGCCAAUAUCAAAUCACACAAUUAUAGAUGUUCUAUUUAUCUCAUACGACUUUCGUUUUAACAAAACUUUGAGACUUCCCCUGCGAAACUACAUGAAUGACUGCCAAAAUCAAAUUGAUGACGUAUAACUUGAUGACGUAGCACCGUUGAUGUUUACAUGCGUCGAGAGAAAGUAGAUCGAGUUCAAAAUUUAGAAUAUUUGCUAUCUGUGUCUUUGAAAACAUCAUGUGAAAAUUGCUGGAGCUUUACAUCAAACGAACUUCUGACUGAAAGUUGUUAGGACUAUGGGGAUCGUGAAAAUCAACUCUUUUUACGAUGGCAGUACAAAUCGUGCUAGGCAAGGCUAGGGGCCUAGACUUUGUCUAGAUUGUUUGCUGAUCCAUGGUAAGUUGCACCUACAUUACUAGGUAGGCAUACGUAGUAUAAUAUAAGAAAGCAUUGUUAAAGAUGUCAAAGGAGUCUUAUAACAACAACUUAACUGGUACAUGUAGGCUUUACUUUCUCCGAAAACGAUCUAAGAGGGGGGGGGGGGUAACAUCUGUCUUCAAAUAGCCAACAGGUUCCUUGAUAAAAUAAGACACUUCUUUGACAUCUUGCUUUUAACGAUAUUGCUACCCUUUAUCAUUCAUUUUAUAAGGGCAACAAUUUUCACAAAUAAAAGUUUCAAUAAAAUAAAAUCUUGAAGCGAGGGUUCGUGUCAAAACCGGAAGUGCUAUUGAUAAAGCAUCUACCCGUUGAUAAAGCAUAAGUUUAUCCAACGGCCUGUAUCACCAACACGUAUGAGAUAAAAUGGAUUUUGUAUAUUUAUUUAAAAUUUUAUAUGCUUCCAUUUCUGAUAGGAUUGUCAGGUAAAUAUUUGAUGCUAGAAGUCAUGUAUACUUUAAUGGCUGCUCCUGUAUCCACAAUUUAUUUUACACUCUGUUUAAUGCCUUAUAAAUUGUGAAAACUUUUGUUUUAAAUUGAGUUCCUCUACAGUUAACUGGUUUUAUUAUUGAUUUUUACAUAAUUAUUAAUUUUUGAUAAUAUGUAUACACAGUCUAUGUUUUACUUUGAUGAAUGGGAAUGAAGACUGAUUUAUAUGAUUUUGUGAAAAAAAGAGACCAUCCUAUGUGAGACUCAUUCACAAAAUAAAAGUUAAAGUUGCAUGUAGUUUUCUUGAUAAUUCUGUAAAAGUAAUUCCCCAAAUACAGAAUGUGAUAAUUUUCUGUACAUGUAUUUCGUAUUCUCAAAAUUCUCACUUCACCCAUUAUUUUAUUUUUAAAUGAUCAGCUUUUGCUCUUGAAGAAUAAUGUAGAAAUAUGUUUUGAACACAUUUUUGUAAUUUAUAUUCAUGGUGCUACUUGUAUUUUGAAAUUGAUUUUUUUUUAAAUAACACUUUUAUAUUUUAGUUUUGGGCACUGUAGUUUGAUGAAUUAGUUUUACAUUUCAAACCACUUGAAAACCAAAGGAAAACACACUUGACAGUGUAGUUAUUGUAAUUUUUUUUAUAUAGAUGAUUAUGCAUGUUAGUAAUUUUAGGCUAUACAAAAGGACUUAACAUUAUGAGAGAAAUCUAAAAAGUUUUAGAACAUAACCCAUUUCUCCAUCCAAUUACCAUUUGCUAGACUUUCUGUUUAGUAAGGCACUUAAUCUUUAGGAAUUUUCUAUGUUUUCAGUGCCAUUAAAUUUUAAUUGACAACUUUGAUAAAUGAAGACAAAUAAGAGAAAAAUUGAAUUUGCACAGAAAUUUAUUAGGAUUAGCAAAUGGGAUACAGUAAAACUCGUUUAGUACAAACACAGAUAUUACGAAUACACAGAUACAUGUAUAGCAAAGUUAUCUUGGAUCCCCAACUAAAUGAAUUCAUUGAGUUCCUUGUACAGAUAUAACAAAUUAUUGAUAUAGCAAAGUAAUUUCAUAAGUCCCUGUGACUUCGUUAUACUAGUAACCGAGUUUUACUGUAUGUUCUAUUUAAGUUCAUAGUAAGUAAAAUGUUAGCAUCUAAGAAGGAGUUUGAUCAUUUCACUGCAUCAGCUCCUUCUUAAUACCAAAAUUUUACUUGGUAUGAUCUUAUCAUUACUUAAAAUGUAUCAUGUUGAUCUAUAAUAUAUGUGCCAAAUAUUGCCUAACUGGUUGUAUAUGUAAAUAUUUAUGCAAUGAUUUAUGAAUUACAUGUAUAUUAUACUUUUUAUAUGCACAAAGUAUUAAAAUAUUGCAGAGAA